AUGUGUGGAAAUAUCUACCAGGUGCACGCCCCAUGCGGUCACAAAGGAAUUGCCAGUGUCAACUUGUGCAAAGGCUUCCCAACAACAUGUCUCGGCUCCGAUCCGAGUAAAGGAAUGAACAAUACCCUUCCCCUCGUGCCUGCGCCCUACGAAGGCUGCCGCGCUGCCACCCAUCAACCCAACCCCAACGCCAGACUACCCGAAAACGAUCCAUACUUGAAAGAGGCACGGGAGAGAGCUGCGGCGAUGAAGAAGGAAGCAGAGGAAUUCAGGGCAGAACAGGAAGUGAAAAAUAAAGCGAAGGAGGAUAUAAUGAGAAAGGAGAAAGAACAUAGGGAUGCAGUGCUACGCAACAGAAGAAUGGAGAGAGCGAGGAAGAAGGUGGAGAAGAUGAUGGCGGGAGUUCGAGGAGAGCAAGGGCAGAACCAGGACGAGGGUGAGGGCGAGGACAAGGGUAAUGAAAAGAACGGCGACGGAGAGGACGAGAAGAUAAAUACCUCAUCGGCUACCGAGACAAAGAAAAGAGCGAGUUGGGCGAAGGAAGUGAAUGAAGAAGAGGAAAGGAGGAAGAGGAGAAGGCUGGAAGGAGAGAAGGAAUAUGAGGAUGAGGAUGAUGAUGAUGAUGGUACUAGUGAUGAUGAUGGUACUAGUGAUGAUGAUGGUACUAGCGAUGAUGAUGGUACUAGCGAUGAUGAUGGUGACGAAGAUGAUGGUGAUAAUGAAGAUGAUGAUAAUGAAGAAGAAAAAGAAGAAAAAGAAGAAAAAGAAGAAGAAAAAAGAACAAGAGGAGGAGGAGGAGGAUGGUAG